CUACUUUAUAAAUAAGAUCAUGCGUUUAACAUAUUUUACUUCCUGAUUUAUCCUGUAUAAACAAGUUAUUGGCUUAGGAGGGAAUAUAAAUAGUUAAAAAUGCUCUUUGGAAUUUUGAUAUUGCAAACAUGUUUGUUUGCGGUCAAAGCUGAUGUUAUACUGACACCAUGGCCUGCUCUAGCAGCUGUAGGAGAAUCCUUUACAUGGACAUGUACAUACACUGGUAGUGAGACAGUGUCUGGAUUUUCAUGGUUUUUGAAUGGAAAUACACUUGCCCUUAUCAUAUCACCAGCAUGUACACCAUUUCGUGAUCCACCAAACUCCUCAUUAUGUGAAUAUGACUGUCUAUCUACAAAUCAGGCAACAUUUACCGUUAAACAGAUUUCCAACAUGAAUAAUGGUAACAGUUGGCAAUGUGCAGUUGCUGCUCAAGAAUACUUAUACAGUAAUUAUGUUACCGUAACAGUUCAAGGUAAUAGUCUUUCAUUUUUAUAAACAAUAAUAGUGGAA